GGAGGGGCGCGCGAGGCUCCGGCAGUGCAGGGGAGUCCGGGGAGGCGGCGGCGCGCGGCGGAGCCAGUGGCUGGACAUGCCCCGGACCCGGGGCCGCUGCACCACCGCCGCCGCCCGGAGCCAGCCGGCCGGACGCCAGCACGCCUGGGUCCCCCGGCGCCGCGCCGCGCGGGGGCUGCGACCCGGACCCUCGGCGUCCGAGCGACAAUAAGCGCCCAACAGCCUCCUCCCGCCCCGCGCCCGCCGUCCCCGCGGGCCUCGGGGAAAGUGAAAGGAGGAGGCGAAGGAAGGAAGGAAGGAAGGGAGGAGGAGCGGGAGCCCGAGCCGUGCGGUCCGGGGCCGAGACCCCAGCCCCGAGCUCCGGCCUCGGGGAGUGCGCGCGCUCUCCCGCCGCGGCUCGGCGCCCACGACCAUGCUCCACUGUGGGGAGGCAGGAACCCAGGCGCCCAGCAAUCCCCGGAUACCCUCUUCCUGGCCGGGCUGGUGUUGAGAUCAAGGCUUCCAGGAUCAAAAGAUCACCGCCUGCCCGCCUUCUCCGCACCUCCAGCUGAAGAGCAGGAGGACCCCAACCCACCCUCCGACCCUGACCUGGUCAUGGCGUCCAGCUCCGGCCUGGCGUGAGGACCCCCGGCCUGUGCGAGGGAGCCCCCAUCCCAGACCACACCCUUGAGCCCGAGCCCAGCACACACUAUUCCAGAGUCCGUGCUCCAGUACCGAGUACCUGGCUGGGCCCGGGGCACGCACAGGGGCCGUAGCCCCACUGUGUGUGGGAGCCAUGAGGAUCCUGGCUAACAAGACAAGGUUACCCCACCCCAGGAGGAGAGAAGCUCCAGGGAGUCCGCCGCUGUCACCCCGCGGCCACUGCCCCCCUGCCCCAGCCAAGCCAAUGCACCCAGAAAAUAAAUUGACCAAUCAUGGCAAGACAGGGAAUGGCGGGGCCCAAUCCCAGCACCAGAAUGUGAACCAAGGACCCACCUGCAACCUGGGCUCCAAGGGCGUGGGGGCGGGGAGCCAUGGGGCCAAGGCCAACCAGAUCUCACCUAGCAACUCAAGUCUGAAGAACCCCCAGACAGGGGUGCCCCCCUUCAGCUCCCUCAAGGGCAAGGUGAAGAGGGAGCGGAGCGUGUCCGUGGACUCUGGAGAGCAGCGGGAGGCUGGGACCCCAUCCCUGGAUUCGGAGGCCAAAGAGGUGGCACCCCGGAGUAAGCGGCGUUGUGUGCUGGAGCGGAAGCAGCCGUACAGUGGGGACGAAUGGUGCUCCGGACCCGACAGCGAGGAGGAGGACAAGCCCAUUGGGGCCACCCACAAUUGUAAUGUAGCAGAUCCGGCUAUGGCGGCCCCACAGCUGGGUCCCAGCCAAACUGCCCAGCUGCCCCUCAGUGAGAGCAGCGCACCAGGUCCUCCACAUGGGCCCCCACCAGGCCUUCGGCCUGAUGGCCCUGGGGCCGGGGCCGGGGGUGUCCCUGGAAAGCCUCCCUCGCAGUUCGUGUAUGUCUUCACUACCCACCUGGCCAACACAGCUGCGGAUGCAGUGCUGCAGGGUCGGGCAGACUCCAUCCUCGCCUACCACCAGCAGAACGUGCCCCGGGCCAAGCUGGACCAGGCUCCCAAAGUGCCACCCACCCCAGAACCGCUACCCUUGAGCACACCAUCAGCAGGCACCCCGCAGUCCCAGCCACCUCCACUGCCACCGCCACCGCCCUCUGCCCCUGGCAGUGCCCCCCCUGCACUACCCCCGGAGGGGCCUCCUGAGGACACCAGUCAGGACCUGGCCCCCAACUCGGUGGGCGCUGCCAGCACGGGUGGUGGGACUGGGGGUACCCACCCUAACACCCCAACAGCUGCCACUACUAACAACCCCCUGCCUCCUGGAGGGGACCCUAGCAGUGCUCCUGGCCCCGCACUGCUGGGGGAGGCCACCCCCACAGGAAAUGGGCAGCGCGGCCUGGUGGGCUCUGAGGGCCUGUCCAAAGAGCAGCUGGAGCAUCGGGAGCGUUCCCUGCAGACACUGCGAGACAUUGAGCGGCUGCUGCUCCGAGGCGGGGAGACCGAGCCUUUCCUCAAGGGGCCCCCUGCAGGCACAGGCGAGGGCGGCCCUCCAGCACAAGCUCCUCCUGCCCCUCAGCAGCCCCCCACUGGCCCCCCCAGUGGGCUGAAGAAGUACGAGGAGCCCUUGCAGUCCAUGAUUUCGCAGACACAGAGCCUCGGGGGAUCCCCGCUGGAGCAUGACGUGCCUGGGCACCCCCCAGGUGGGGACAUGGGGCAGCAGAUGAACAUGAUGAUGCAAAGACUGGGCCAGGACAGCCUGACGCCCGAGCAGGUGGCCUGGCGCAAGCUGCAGGAAGAGUACUACGAGGAGAAGCGCCGGAAGGAGGAGCAGAUUGGGCUGCAUGGGGGUCGACCUCUGCAGGACAUGAUGGGCAUGGGUGGCAUGAUGGUGAGGGGGCCCCCGCCUCCCUAUCAUAGCAAGCCUGGGGAUCAGUGGCCCCCUGGAAUGGGUGCGCAGCUGCGAGGGGCCAUGGAUGUCCAAGAUCCCAUGCAGCUCCGCGGUGGACCUCCUUUCCCUGGCCCCCGGUUCCCAGGCAACCAGAUGCAACGGGUGCCCGGGUUUGGGGGUAUGCAGAGUAUGCCAAUGGAGGUGCCCAUGAAUGCCAUGCAGAGGCCUGUGAGGCCAGGCAUGGGCUGGACGGAAGACUUGCCUCCCAUGGGGGGGCCUGGCAAUUUUGCCCAGAAUGCCGUGCCCUACCCAGGUGGGCAGGGUGAGGCAGAGCGAUUUAUAACCCCUCGGGUCCGGGAGGAGCUGCUACGACACCAGCUGCUGGAGAAGCGAUCUAUGGGCAUGCAGCGCCCCCUGGGCAUGGCCGGCGGUGGCAUGGGGCAGAGCAUGGAGAUGGAGCGGAUGAUGCAGGCUCACCGGCAGAUGGAUCCCACCAUGUUCCCCGGGCAGAUGGCUGGUGGCGAAGGCCUGGCAGGCACUCCAAUGGGCAUGGAGUUCGGUGGUGGCCGGGCCCUCCUGAGCCCUCCCAUGGGGCAGUCUGGGCUGAGGGAGGUGGAGCCCCCCAUGGGGCCAGGCAACCUCAACAUGAACAUGAAUGUGAACAUGAAUAUGAACAUGAACCUGAAUGUACAGAUGACUCCGCAGCAGCAGAUGCUGAUGUCGCAGAAGAUGCGGGGCCCUGGAGACAUGAUGGGACCCCAGGGCCUCAGCCCUGAGGAGAUGGCCCGAGUUCGGGCCCAGAACAGCAGCGGCAUGAUGGGCGGCCCACAGAAGAUGCUUAUGCCUUCGCAGUUUCCCAACCAGGGCCAGCAGGGAUUCUCUGGGGGACAGGGACCCUACCAAGCCAUGCCUCAGGAUAUGGGCAAUGCCCAAGACAUGUUCAGCCCUGACCAGGGCUCAAUGCCUAUGGGUACUGUGGGCACCACCCGGCUUAGCCACAUGCCUUUGCCAGCUGCACCUAAUCCUCCCGGGUCUGUGCAUUCAGCCCCCAGCCGGGGGCUGGGCAGGCGGCCCUCAGACCUCACCAUCAGUAUUAAUCAGAUGGGUUCGCCAGGCAUGGGGCACCUGAAGUCGCCCACCCUUAGCCAGGUGCACUCACCCCUGGUCACCUCGCCCUCUGCCAACCUCAAGUCGCCCCAGACUCCCUCGCAGAUGGUGCCCUUGCCUUCUGCCAACCCUUCAGGACCUCUCAAGUCACCCCAGGUUCUCAGCUCCUCUCUCAAUGUCCGCUCACCCACUGGCUCACCCAGCAGGCUCAAGUCUCCCUCCAUGGCGGUGCCUUCUCCAGGCUGGGUUGCCUCACCCAAGACAGCCAUGCCCAGCCCAGGGGUCUCCCAGAAUAAGCAGCCGCCUCUCAACAUGAACUCUUCCUCUACCCUGGGCAACAUGGAGCAGGGUGCCCUUCAACCCAGUGGCCCCCGGAGCAGCUCCUCAGUGCCUCCUGCCAACCCUCCCAGUGGUCUCAUGAACCCCAGUCUGCCAUUCACUUCCUCCCCGGACCCCACGCCUUCCCAGAACCCCCUGUCACUGAUGAUGUCCCAGAUGUCCAAGUACGCCAUGCCUAGCUCCACCCCACUCUACCACAAUGCCAUCAAGACCAUUGCCACCUCAGACGACGAGCUGCUGCCCGAUCGGCCCCUGCUAGCACCCCCGCCACCACCGCAGGGCUCUGGGCCAGGUAUCAGCAACAACCAGCCCAACCAGAUGCACCUGAACUCCGCGGCUGCCCAGAGCCCCAUAGGCAUGAACCUGCCAGGCCAGCAGCCCCUGUCCCAUGAGCCCCCACCUACCAUGCUGCCCUCCCCCACCCCCCUGGGCUCCAACAUUCCACUACACCCCAGUGCACAGGGGGCAGGGGGGCCCCCUCAGAACUCCAUGCUGUUGGCUCCAGGGGGCCCAGACCCCCUGAAUGCCCCCUGCGGCCCUGUGCCCAGCUCCUCCCAGAUGGUGCCCUUCCCCCCUCGGCUACAGCAGCCCCAUAGUGCCAUGGCCCCUGCUGGGGGUGGUGGUGGGGGCCCUGGCAUGCAGCAGCACUACCCUUCAGGCAUACCCCUUCCCCCAGAGGACAUGCCCAGCCAGCCACCAGGCCCCAUGCCCCCCCAGCAGCACCUGAUGGGCAAAGGCAUGGCUGGGCGCAUGGGUGACGCAUACCCGCCGGGGGUGCUCCCCGGGGUGGCAUCAGUGCUGAACGACCCAGAGCUCAGCGAGGUGAUCCGACCUACCCCGACCGGGAUCCCUGAGUUUGACUUGUCAAGGAUCAUCCCCUCUGAGAAGCCAAGCAGCACCCUCCAGUACUUCCCCAAGAGCGAGAACCAGCCCCCCAAGGCCCAGCCCCCCAAUCUGCAUCUCAUGAACCUACAGAACAUGAUGGCGGAGCAGACCCCCUCUCGGCCCCCCAACCUGCCAGGCCAGCAGGGCGUCCAGCGGGGGCUCAACAUGUCCAUGUGCCACCCCGGACAGAUGUCCUUGCUGGGCAGGACAGGUGUGCCCCCACAGCAGGGCAUGGUGCCCCACGGCCUGCACCAGGGGGUCAUGUCCCCACCACAAGGCCUCAUGACCCAGCAGAAUUUCAUGCUCAUGAAACAGCGCAGUGUGGGGGGCGAGGUCUACAGCCAGCCCCCCCACAUGCUCUCCCCACAGGGCUCACUCAUGGGCCCCCCACCCCAGCAGAACCUGAUGGUGUCCCACCCGCUGCGGCAGCGCAGCGUGUCUCUGGACAGCCAGAUGGGCUACCUCCCGGCGCCGGGCAGCAUGGCCAACCUGCCCUUUUAGGAGCCCCUGUGGGGGCUCAAGCGGGGCACUGUUGCACAUAUGCUAACCUUAAGAGUUUCUUCCCUCCAGUGUUGGGAUGGCCUGGGUCCAGGGGUGGGUUGGAGGGGGUGGGAGGGGCUGGUGUGGGAAGUGGCAUUUGUGGAAACCAGAUGUGCUGGCAUCUUAGGGGGAGGUGGCAGAGUGGGGUGGGGGGGUUCCGGAUUGGGGUUUGUUCCAUUUUGGCCACCAGGAUGCCCCUUCCCUGCCUUCCUAAUUCCUAUGGAGACUCUGCUUUCCCUUUCUUUGCAGCCCCUCCCCUUCUCAGCUGUGUUGGGUCCUUGGGGGAGAAAGGGUGUCCCCUGUUCCUGCUGCUGUCUCAUUGUCAAGCGCCGAGCUCCUUUUCUCCUCUCGUUCCUCUGCUCCUACCCGUCUUCCCUUGUGUUUUUUCCUGCCUCAUUCCCUCUCACUGCUGACGAGGCUGACCCCCUCUCCUAAUACCCCUUGCAGGCGGCUGGCCAGGUGGGCAGGUGCCAGCCAGAGCUGUAAAUAGAGCGCUGCGCUUUUGUGCUGGUUUGUGUGUGUGCUGUAUUUCUGUGUUUUGAUAGAAGUCAUAAAAAGGAUAAAAGAAACCCUUCCCCCUCUUCAAGUGAUUGCCCCCUUCAUUUCCCUGGACCCAGAGACAUGCAGUCUUACACACCCACCUACUGUACAGUGUCUCUGGGUCCAUAAAGGACACCAUUUCUGUCCCCUCUCCAAGUGGUAAGAUGACAUAGGUACCCCACACCUAAACUGAGGUCAGACCACUAAGGCUUCCAUCUGUGAGCCCCAGUAGGGCUGCGACAUCCCCAGGGCAGCAGUCUGUCUGUUGCUGAGUGACUCGUGGAGAACGUGUGUGCAUGUUCACCACACCAGUCACACAGGGUGGUGGCUUCCCGCUGUAGAGGUCUGGGUGCCCCUGCUGCUACGUCUUAGCCAGAACUUGAAGCCCUUUGUCUCCAGUUUGGGAUGCAGGAAAAGAGGACAGGGCAGCAUCUGUGGCCCCUUGAGUGGAGCCAGGGAGGGCUUGGUGGUACUGGAGCCUGUGGCUGCCCUGGCUCUGGGCCAGGUAAUGGCCAGGGAAUCUGAAUGGGGCUCAGCCACUUUUCCUCCAGCCUCUAACCCUCAGGAUGGAGUGGAGGAGGGGCUGGGACUGCCCCCCCACCCCUGCCUACCCAUUCCCUGGCUCAGUCCUUCUGCCCAGGGCUCAGGGCUGUGUGCCAUCUGUCAGUGCUCACCCAGGCGCAGCCUAUGCUCCCCCUCAGUCCCCUCCUACCUUCCCAGGAGAGAGCCUCAUCCCCCACUGGUCAGAGCUGAAGCCAUAAGGGACUGGGUGUUUUGACUCCAUUGGCCCUAGGAGUAAGAAACUUCUCUUUUUCUCACUUCCUUUCCUGCCCCAUGAGGUGGUGGGGCAGUUCUCUGGCCGGAACCCCCUUGCGUCCCACCUGCCCAGCCAAAGGGCCAUUCUAGAACAGGGUGUCUUCUCCUGAAGCCUGUCCCCAGCCUUCCUGACCUGCAGGGCCUGGUCUCACCUUGGCAGCUGUAAUAAAAGGGAAUCGUGCCCACUUCUCCCAGUCUGGUGCUGACCUCUUAGUCCACCGCCAGCUAGGUCAAGCGCCACUUCCUCCUCUCAGGCUGGCUGUUGGCUCCUGAUGGCCCCAGUGUCUCCCGGGGCUAUGGCCUGCGUCUCUGCUGGGGGAGCACUUGCCUUCCAUCCUGCCAGGCAUCCUGCCUGCCUCUGCUGGGGCCCUGAGCCUCACCCCUGUCCCAAGACUGCCCGAACUGUCUUACUCUUAAGUGUUUCCAGCCCCAGGAGAGGGCUUAGACCGCAAGGGACCCACCGCCUCCUGGUCCCCUCUGCUCCCACCUCCGCCACUCGCUACCAGGUGAGCUCUGCUGGCCAGCCUUUCUCCUCCAUCUGUGGCCAUAUCCCCAGCCAUUUUGUACCAUUAUAUAAAUAUAUAUAUAUAAAUAUAAAUAUAUAAAUACAAUUAUGUGAAGACAUCUUCUUGGUUUUUAUUUUGAAACAAUUUUUAGGCUUGUUCCGGGGGUCUCUGUGCUGCCUGUACUGUAUUGACCUGUUUUAUAGGUGCCUUUUUAUUAAAAAGAAAAUU